AUGGGUAAAAUUUUGAGAAACUCAGAAAAACCAUUAGGUAGGACAUCGGCUUUCACAUUUUUUCUGAAAACCACUAAGGAAGAAAGAAUGCAAAAUCCUGGUGAAUCACUGUCUUCAACGGAGUUUUUCAAACAGGCUUGUGAAAUGUGGAAGAAUUUUUCGAAUGAGGACAAGAAGAAAUAUGAAGAAAUGGAAGCCCAAGAUUUUGUGAGAUACCAGGAGGAGAUGGCCAACUAUGUACCUACCGGCGGUGAGAAAAGAAAAAGAAAUAAAAAAGAUUCGAACGCACCAAAAGCAGCGGUGUCUGCAUAUGCAUAUUUUUCGUUGGAACAACGCCCAAAAAUUAUAGCUGAGUUUCCAGCUAUGCCCGUCAAGCAAGUUACUAAGGAACUGGGCAAGAGAUGGAAGUUGUGCAAAAAGAAAACCAGGUAUCAAACCAUGGCUACCAAAGACAAAGAAAGAUACGAAUCUGAAAAAGCAUCAUACAUUUAUGCGUUUGUUUCGAUGGUUCCAUCUGAUGAUUUUUCACAUAAAGAGCCAGCAGCUUCGAAAAAUUCAACGAAAGCGAAAUUUAAGCCUCUUUCCAAGAAGCGCAAGGUUGAGAUAGAGCAGUAUAAUGAUGAGAUACACAAGGAGGAUGAUGAAGAUGAUGCGGAAUAG